UCAACAGUUAGCGACAAAGAUGGCUUCCGGCGUUCUCCUUCGCUCCUUGUCUUCUAACUUUUCCACAGUUUUGCCUUUACUGACACGCUCGGCGUAUAACGCUUCUUUCUGGAGAACACUGUCAUCUUCUGGACGGUUAGCAGCAGCACUUAAAUUCACAGACAAGCACGAAUGGAUUCGAGUAGAAGACAGUGGAAUUGGUACUGUCGGUAUCAGCAACUUUGCACAAGAGGCUCUAGGAGAUGUAGUUUACUGUGAACUGCCAGAGGUUGGGAAGCAACUCACACAGCAAGAUGAGUUUGGAGCUUUGGAAAGUGUGAAAGCAGCCAGUGAACUUUAUUCCCCUCUAACUGGAGAAGUUGUAGAGGUCAAUACACGACUGGCAGACAAUCCCAGUCUUAUCAACAAAUCCUGUUACGAAGACGGUUGGUUGAUGAAAAUGACCAUUGCCAGCCCCGCUGAGCUGGACGCUCUAAUGGACGAAGCAGCCUAUAAGAAAUACGUCCGCUCCAUUGAGGACUAAGCUCUCGCCUCCCAAUAAGUUCCUCGCUGCUUUCCAAAACACCACUGGCGGGCGAAGCCUUCGUCAGGAACAAGUCUAUGAUGAAAUGUAGAAGCUCCCAGUUUGCUGACCUGCCAGUUCUGUAGAAUUAUGAGUGUUCUGAAUCUUUUAUCUACUGUUAAAUCUACUGAACAUUCAGUGUUGUGUUCUCGCAAAGAGACUAAGACCCUGUUCAUACCUGGUAUUUACAACCGUCCUCAGUGAUCCAGUCAUGGCUAAGGAUUCCUCUGAAUUUGAUAUCAUCCAAUGUGUUGGAACCCUGUUAAUACCAAGUCUGACCAGGGUCUAAGACUCAGAAACCCAGUGGUGCACAGUGCAGGCAUGUGAUGGUGGAUAUUGUGACAUUUCACAGCUGACUGACAGCUCGUACCAACGCGAGAGAGAGAGAGUUGUGUCACACAAUCAAUGUUAAUGUCAUUUAAAACGUACUUUUUAAUCCAUGUCUGUACUUUGAAGUCUGAUCACAAGUGCACAGCGGACGCACAGGUCUGAAUGCAAAUACAGAUUUGGUUUCAGGACACUUGUGUACGACACUGACCUGCUGCAGGUUGACAAUGAAAUAUCAUCACUUGUCAGCACCCAUACAUUAAUUUAUUUGUAGCCACCACCUCAGUAUUAACACACUGCUCAACAUGUUUUAUUCUAUUCUCAUGGGUUAAAUAAAAAAAAAAAGAGUAGUGCUUUGAUUUCACUCUCUCUGUUUUACUACCUUGACACAACCAGUUUCCCUCCCUGUGAACAUGUCGUGUCAUAAAUGAGUAUUUGAAGCCAGAUCUAAUGACAUGUGGUCACAGAAACAUUCAGAAUAUUUAAGAUGCAAGGUAUCUACUUCCUACUGGAUCACUCGGGACGUCAUGUUAAUACCAGGUAUGAAUGAUGUCUUUAAGUCAAGCAUGUGCUUUUGACUUUCUAUUCCAGGGUGUUGUUAAACUUAAAAAAUAAAGCACUUUGUUGUAUUAAGAAUCAUGUGGGUCAUACAUAUGCAUUAAUGACAGCGACACUGUAGACAUGCAACCUGUGAAGUGGUGAAUAAAUAAAUGGUUCUUUACA